AUGAUCCCUUUGACAGCCACCACGUGCUUUCUGAUCGCUGUCACGUUCGUGGCGCUCGCCGUGAUCCUCCUGGAUCACCUGAGAUCGAAGAAAACAUCGAAGGAAAUUAUAUUAGACGGUGAAAAGGACAGUCUGCCGGAACCACCUGGACCGAAACCAUGGCCAAUUCUAGGAUCCCUUCACAUCCUUGGACGCUACGACGUGCCCUACAAAGCUUUCGCCGACCUUGUCCGGGACUUCGACUGUCAGGUGAUCAAGCUCCGAAUGGGAUCCACACCGUGCGCGGUCGUCAACGGAUUGGAGAACAUCAGGGAAGUGCUGACCACCAAGGGACAUCACUUCGAUUCACGGCCGAACUUCGUCAGAUAUCACCUGCUCUUCGGCGGAAACAAGGAAAAUUCUCUUGCUUUCUGCAACUGGUCCGACGUACAAAAAGGCCGCAGGGAGAUGUUACGCGCCCAUACGUUCCCGCGCGCGUUCUCCGCCCGUUACAACGAGCUGAACAAAAUCAUCGGCGCCGAGAUGGACAAUCUAGUCGGCUAUCUGGACUCCAUGGCUGGCAAGAGCGUGCACGUGAAACCGUUGAUACUGCACAGCUGCGCGAACAUAUUCAUCACUUACCUGUGCUCGAAGAAGUUCCAUCUGGAGCACGCUGGUUUCCGUAACAUGGUCGAGAACUUCGACAAGGUGUUCUACGAGGUGAACCAGGGCUACGCGGCUGACUUUUUGCCGUUUCUGAUGCCCCUUCAUCAGCGUAACAUCGCCAGAAUGGCGCACUGGAGCCACGAGAUCCGCAAGUUCAUCCUCGACAAUAUCAUCAACGAAAGGGUGGACAGCUGGAACGGUCUUGUGAUGCCUGAACGGGAUUAUCUCGAUUGUCUGGUGAAUCACGUGAAGACAGACGCUGAACCGUACAUGUCCUGGAACACAGCGUUGUUCGUCAUCGAAGACAUCAUCGGCGGGCAUUCGGCUAUUGGUAAUCUUCUGGUGAAGGUUCUUGGAUUCAUCGCUACUCGGCCAGACGUGCAGAGGAUGGCUCACGAGGAGAUCGAUUCUCUAAAAAUCGCUGGUAACUACGUGGGACUGGAGAACAGAGGAUCGUUGCCCUAUGUCGAGGCAAUCAUUCUGGAAAGUAUCAGAGUAAUCGCCAGCCCUAUCGUUCCUCACGUCGCCAAUCAGGACAGUUCCAUCGCUGGUUACAGAAUCAAAAAGGACACGUUCAUCUUCCUGAACAAUUACGAACUGAACAUGUCCACGGAACUGUGGACCUCGCCGGAGGAAUUCAUGCCGGACCGAUUCGUGCAAAACGGAAGACUCCUAAAACCGGAACACUUCCUUCCGUUCGGCGGUGGAAGAAGAUCCUGCAUGGGCUACAAGCUUGUACAAUACGUGACCUUCGCGGUGCUGGCCACGUUGCUGAAGAACUACAAGAUCGUGCCCAUGGAGAAAGAGAAUUACACGAUACCAAUCGGAAAUCUGGCGUUACCGGAAAGAACGUACAGCGUGCGAUUCGAGAGACGAUAG